AUGGCGACGCGUGUGACCAGACGGCGUUUAAACCCUUCCUCCAAAAUCUCGUCUUUCUUCUUCUUCUCCGCCGCCAUUGUCGUCGUAGUAUCUGUACUCGAUCUCGUUCUGUCGAAGCACAAGAGAUUGAAUAACACAUGGAAGGAACAAAGAGAAGUUCUUUGGGUGCGCGAAAGAAACUCAAGAGGAAGAAGAAGAACAGAAGACUUAUGAGAAGUAGUGUUACCUACCUCAAAUCUGAUGCAUACUUGUUCGCUCCUCUGUUUUCCAACUUUCCUCCGCUCACGACGGAGAUAAACACGCCUCCGCCGUCGAAUUCCAAACCAUCGACGCUGGACGACAUCUCCAUGGCAGGGUUUGAGUCAUUGGGGAUUGAGAGGGUUCUUAAGAAGAAGAGAAGAAUGUCUGAGAAAGUUAAGGAAUAUCUAAAAUCUGAGUGUUUUAUGUACGCACCAAUGAUAUCGUCCCCUCCAAAGCUUGGUUCUUCGGUUAAAGGGAAUAUGCAGAUUACGAAUUUGGUUACCAUGGAAGUAUCAACGGGUACUACAACCAUGAAGGAAGAUAACAACAACUAUAGGAAUCUCCGGUCAGAUAUUGUAGAACAGGCAUUGCAUAGCGGAAGGAUCAACUCUCCAAAACGAGUACAGGUGAUCUUAGAAGGACAACGAACUGGACUUAGCCGUGAAACCGAUGUUUCACCAGCCUUAUCUUCUCGACCAGGGGAAAAGAUGGUGAAGCCAGAUCAAAGAAGAGUUGCAAUUGAGUGAAGAUAGUAAAGUAGACAUAGUAGACACAAUGUAAUCAUUGUAAAAUACAAAUUAAUUAUAGUAGCUAGCUCUGUAAGAAGAAGUUUUCUUGUUGGUAAGCUUGAAGGAAGUGAUGUAUGAAUGAGGAUGACAAAGAUGUGUGUCUGUCUGAACAAUUGCCAUGUUAGCUGUCUGUUUGAUGAGUUGUUGUAUGUCAAAUAAACUUCUACAAUUCAGCAAUAUCAGCCUUCUUGCUCACUCA